UAUUUGAAAAUACUUCUUCUUUUGAGUUAAACUCUCUUAUAUUGAGAACUUUCUAAUCUCCACAGAAUAGGUAAGACUGAAGUUCAGUUUCAAGUAUUUCUGAAUAUAUCCCUCUAAUUACAGAAAAAUACCCUGAGGAAAAAAAAUAGAAGAGGCUCUUUGUCCUCUCAACAACGAAGGAGUGAACACACAAUGUACCUAGAAGAAACUCAAAGUAAGCGAAGUCGACCUUCCCAGCUGAUCCCCUGGGCCAUUGCUACUGCCUCCAUCUCACUUCUUGGUGCCUGUUUUAUUGCAAGUUCUUUGGUGACUCAUCACAACUUUCUGCGCUGUGAAAGAGCCAUAGAGGUGUUCAAGUUACUGGCGUCUCAUGAGAAGCUAACAUGUGUCAGAGAAAAAUCAGAACAGAAAGGGAGCACCUGGACUUGCUGCCCUGUAGGGUGGAGAGCCUUCCAGUCCCACUGCUACUUUCCUGUGACCCACAAUAAGACCUGGGCGGAGAGUGAAAGGAACUGUUUGGGUAUGGGAGCGCAUCUGGCCACCCUCAGCACAGAAGCUGAGCAGAACUUUAUAAUCCAGUUUUUGGAUAGACGUUUUUCUUACUUCCUGGGACUUACAUAUGAGAAUGCUGAUGGUCAGUGGCACUGGGUGGACCAGACACCAUUUAACCCACGCAUGGUAUUCUGGCAUAAAGAUGAACCCAGCGACUACCAGAAAGAAAACUGUGUUGCCCUUGUUAAUGACCAAGAUAAAUGGUCCUGGAAGAGUUUUUCUUGUAACCUUGAGACGAGAAGUAUUUGUAAGAUAUCUGGAAAAACAUUCAACUAGAAACCUAGGAAGUGGUCUUCAUGAUAAAGACAAAGAAAAACCAAACAGCUAGACCCGGAAAGAAUGUCCGUGCAUCAGAGGAACAGAGAAAACAUGCCGGGGAUAGAGCAUCUUCUGUCGUGAUAGUUUUGAGGUUUUUGUAUAGUUCAUUCAAGAUAAUUCAAGAUGGUUGUUUGUGAGUGUGUGUGUGUGUGUGUGUGUGUGAGUGUGUGUGUGUGCGGUGAAGAUAAUGUGAUUUGGGGGCCAUCAUGUGGUGUGGUGGUUAGGGCACUGGACGUUCCCAUGUGGCUGACUCAAGUCUUGAACCUGGUGGUGUGCUUUCUCAUUUUCCCUCUCUCUCUCUCUUUGUCUCUGGUCAAGUUAAAAUAAAUGAAUGAACAGAUAAACUUAAAAAUAAGCAAUACUUUAAAAAAAAAAAGAUAACAUGAUUUGGUAUGGCGUUUUAAAUGAAAGGAAUCAUCUUUUCUGUGAGAACAAGCUCUCAUUACCCUUGCUUUCUUGAUUGUAUUUCAAGUGAUUUCCUUUUAAGUUGGUAUGUAUUGAUUACACACCUAACAGGAAGGUUUGAAUAAUGUGACUUCUUGGUCAUUUUUCCCCAACUCAGAUUCUUAGCUCUUAAAAUUCAAGGUGAGAUAUCCUAUUUUUUCUUUUUAUAAUUUCUUUUUAUUUAUUUAUUUUAAUUUGACCAGAGAGGGACAGAGAGAGAGAGAGAUGGAAAGUGAGAAAGCAAACCACCAGGUCCAGGAUUAGAACAGCAAUUGGCCAUGUGGGAGUCCAACACCCCUAACCACCAUGCCACAUGUCAGCCCCAAAGGUGGCAGCACUAACUGGCAAUACUAUGCCAGGUUUUUAGCCUAAAUAUCACAAAUGCUUUCACAUUUCUAAACAACAUUCUUGUUUUUUGAUGCUUCAUUUUCAGACUUUAAUAAUAUAUUAGUUCCAUGAACAAGAUUUCUCCAGGACAACAGUCUGAAUUGUGGUAUUGCAUAGGUGCAAAAAAAAUAAAAAUCAUACACCUUGUGAAAACUUUACUUAUCACUCUUCCCUAAGUGUCUUCUUUCAGCAAGGAGUUAAGCUGAUUUCAUUUCUUUGUGAGUGGAAAUGUCUCUAUUUAUAGACUGCCAUCGCCAAAUUCCUGCAUUCUGUAGAUGAGAAAAAUGUGUGGGAAACUAAAGGGCUUCCUUUCACAUCACCUGUCAUGACAGACUGGCCCUAUCCCAGACCCACUCUCCAUCAGAUAAAACGUAUUCCUUCUGCUAUUAUAGGAAGGGUACUGAGGACGACUGGCCUCUUUACUUGACUAAUGGUAAAAUUUCUUAGGUAUUUGAAGUAACAUGGUAUUCAUGUUUUCAUUAGUAUUUUAAUUUGAAUCAGAAAGAAUCCCAUUUUUAACCCAUUUACAUUAUUAGUUAACAUGUUUCUGAAUAUUAUUUAUAGUUAACAUGUUAACUAUAAAACUGUAGUUCAAACAAGCAAUAAGGUCAUUUUUUGACAACCUGAAAUCACAUAUUCCUAAUGUAUAUAGUAUUAGCUGUGAAGCAGUUGCAUCCAAUUUCAAUAAAAUAUAGUGAUUUAAAAAAAAUUUUCAGAUUGCUGAUAUCUAAACUGAAAACUUUUAAGCAACAGCUUUUUAAUUAGAUUUCCCUACCACUAUUUUUUAAAAUGGUAACGGGUCAGCUCAUAGCCUGGUGAUUAAGGUGAAUAGAUUACACGUGGCUGACUGCAAGGUUCUGGUUCCAGAUCUUGCAAUUUCAAACACAAUCUGGGUGCAUUUGGGUGUGUACCCAAAAAUCCCCAAAGGAGGGAGAAAUGGAGGAAAAGGGAUUGUGACAUGACCAUGCCCCAUGGAAGGUUCUUUCUAACUUUCCCUCUGUCUCUCUCCAGCCAGUGAAUAUAGCCUCUGGCAAAUUUAAAAAAAUAAUAGAACAAUUUAAAAAACAGUAUUUAUUUUGUAUUCUUCUAAUUGAUUUUCUGAGUGUGGAAUAUUGGCAAUUGAUUGUAGGCGGAGAUGUGUUUGUAUGAGUGUGUGUGGUCUGUGGUGUGUGUGUGUGUGUGUGUGUGUGUUUAUGUGUGUACAUUUGUGUUUUUCAAUUGUGUUUUUCACAUUUGCUAAAUUACAUAGCACAAAACCUAUAAAACCUGCUGAUGCAACUUUAUGUCAA